GUACACAGACAGUGUUAUGUGUGCUGUGUACUUAUUCUGAAUAGCGUCGGGGUUGAAUAACACUUUACACAACGCUAUGACAUCUAAAAGAAAGGAAACUUCAUAGUUACCCAUUUCAACAUCUUAGCAAGUGGAACAGACGUUUCUUUGGAAUACUGGAGGAGUUUAAUUUACCUAUCUCGCGUUUCAGUUCCUCUACUGUUCGAAGAUCGGCCGGUAACACUGCAGACGUUUUGUCUGCGUGCAUGGUUAUUGGAAAGGGAUCACAGGAUAUUGUCUACCAAAUGAAGAUAAGUGGGCAUAGCCAAUUAAGGCCGACCAGCACAAACGUCCAUCCUUACACGAGGAAAUAACAUAACUAUCAAGUACGACUAUACUCUAUAAAGAGGACUGUACUCAACGGAAGAAGAACAUAGGAGUUCAUCCAGGCUAAGAUCAUCAGUCUUAUGACAGACCCACCAGUUAAAGAUCAUUUUGUUUAUGCUGUGGAAAAGACAAAACAACAACAACACGUUGAUUUCACGAAAUGCUUAUACUAGUGAAUAACCUAACCGUUCAUGACAGACCCACCACUGUAGAAGAUCAUUUAUUUUGUGUGUGGAAAAGACACAACACCAUCAACAAUAAUAGUAUUUGAGAAGCCAUUCAUGAGUAAGAUGGAGUUGUAUGGUUUGUUUCCAAAACUAUUAAUUGAUCCGCAACUUCUAAUCUCAAAGGAUUGCUGGUUCUUUACCUGAAGAUGAAUCUGAUGCCUAAGACGUACGUGUCACAAAUGUUCAUUACUUUAAAACUCGGAUGUAUCGUCGUUCUCACGGACAAACACCAUUGAUUUGAUGAAGAGGUAUAAAUGGUCAUAGAAUGGCAACGAUACCAGACGAAGAGCCACAUCCACUGGCCCCUACACCAACCCCACCACCACCUCCACCACCGGAACCCGAAUUACCCCCCUACGCCAGAGUCGAUCCUAACAAGACCCCAACGCGUCCUGACUUAGGAUCUCCUCCACCGUAUGCGAGUGUGGUACCAGAAACAUACACGAACAAUGCUUACGAAGGUGAAGGUCGCUGUAACUAUCGUCAAGGUCAGCCACAAGGUCAAGGUCAUUCUCAAGGUCAGCCUCACUGUCAUGGACACUCUCACAGAGGACCGCCGUUUCCUCGAUAUCAUCAUCACCACAGACACGGCUGGAUGGAUCAAUCCGAGGCCAUGCACGACCUCGACGUCGACCACGGAUUGUCGACGUCAUUUCAACAAUACAAUCACUGCUCCUACGAUGGCAUGAAUAUGUCAUAUCCGCCACAUGUGACGAUUAUCCGAGACAGCCAAGUCGGUGCACCGGUUAAUGUGAACUGUUUAAUCGGUUUCGGAUCUUUCAUACUCUGUUGCUGCUGCGUGCCGUUUGGAAUAGCAGCACUCAUCAAAGCAAUAGAGGCUCGAAACAGACUUUUAGCUGGGGACGCCGCCGGGGCCAGGAGAGCUGCGACAUCGUCAAGGAUGUGGGCUGGAUCGGGGCUACUAAUUGGGGCAGUGUUCCAGCUCUCAAUAAUAUUCUAUAUAUUUUAUCAUAAUACAUAACCACGGAGCAUAACACAUUUGAUGUGUUAGAAUAAGCAUAAACAGUUUUGUAUUAAUAUAUGUAUAUUAACAGAGGUAGUUUUGUGGCUGAAUGGAUAAGUCUCUGUACCACGAGGUCAGGGAUUCCAAUCCUACCACAUCACUUGCGUUCUUUGGCAAGAAGUUUAUCCACAUUUGCCACUCUCUACCCAGGUCGAUAUAUUUAGCACUUAAUGUUUUAGAGUGCGUGUAAACGUAUACACGACCCUGAAUAAAAGACCCUGGUUGGCACUCUCAGAAUGAACCAGUACACAGCUGAUGAUCCAGUUUUCUUAAAGGGAAAUGAAACCUUUGGAACAAGUUGACUUGUGUCGAAACAGAAAAAUCAAAGAAUAAGAGCAAAGAAAUUUUGAGAAAAAUCGGUCAAAUAAUGAGAAAGUUAUGAGCAUUUGAAUAUUGCAUUCACUAAUACUAAUACACUGUGUGAUGUCACAUGUGAACAACUUUACCUUUGAUCGACUAUAAAAUACCUCCAAAGUGUCUCUAUUUGCUUUUUCUUAUGGUGACACAAACUCUUCAACCAUGAUGUAUUCUUUAAAAAUCUGUAUUACAUGCUCUCCUACAGAAAGAACACAUGAUCUACUGAUAGAUGUAUAAAAGUGGCAGUUUAAGUGAAAUAUGUACUAAAGUAAUGGGGAGAGUUCACAAGUGACAUCACACAUCUUUGUUGCGUUGCCAAUGGGAGGAUCUCCAUAGCAUUAGUGGUCGCAAUAUUCAAAUGCUAAUAACUUUCUCAUUAUUUGUCUGAUUUUUCUCAAACUUUCAUCGAUCUGUUUCUUUGAUUUUUUUUUACGAUGGGGACUCACACUUUCAAAUGAAGACAUUGCAUAAGCUUUCCAGGUAUAGCAUACAUGUAAAGCCAGUUCGUAGUUCCACUCUGCGCAUGGUUAGAGGAAGGUCAUUGGUACUAAAGUGACAUGGAGUUCAAAAUUUACUGAGAUAAGCACCACUUUUGGUGUCUUGAUUAUUCAUAUAUUCUUUUGAAUUGAGUUUUUCAUUUAUAUCCAUAAAAAACAACGAACGAAUGGUAUUUCACAGUUUGGCCAAGUACAUUGUACAUCAUGCUUUAAUGUGUAUUCAAAUUAGAAAUGCAACAAAUACCUUCAGAGAGUGUUCAUUGGUGUGGUAUUCUCGUCACCUGGGUCCCGUAACACAAAGGUUAGCAACCAAUCGUACACUUGAUUUUCGCGAUUGAUUGUACAUUGUAGUCAAUGGAAUCAAUCGUAGAAAAAUGUUCUACGAUCAUUGCUAGGAUGUCUGUCAAUAAGCCAGUUCUUAGUUCCUUUCUGCGCAUGAUCAAAAGAUUCUACGCAUGAUCAGAGGAAGGUCAUUUGUACUAAAGUGACAUGUUGGUACACGAUCUAAUGAGAUAAGCACCAACUUUGAUGUCUUGAUUAAUCAUAUAUUCUUUUGAAUAGUGGUUUUCAUUUACAUCCACAAAAAACAACAAUGCGUCCACGAACGACUAGUAUUUCAGCUUGCCAAGUACAUUGUGCAGCAUGUAUAUGAUAUGCAUUCAAAGUAGGAAUGCAAUACCUUCAUAAAGUGUUCAUUGGUGUGCUAUUCUAGUCACCUGGUGGGUGUUUCAUAAAGCUGUUCGUAAGUUAAGAGCGACUUUAAGAACAACUGGUGAUCCUUUCUUGUGGUAAAUGGCAUAUUCAUUGGCGAUGGUUAAGCGCGUAAGAAAGGUUCAACAGUCGUUCUUAAAGUCACUCUUUACUUACGAACAGCUUUAUGAAACGGCCCCCUUGUCUAUUCAGUUUCUUCAUCCUGCUAUGUAAGGCAAGCUUACGUAAUAUCUUGCUUUAAAAUCUGCCUAUCAUAAUGAAAGAAAUGAAAGGUCAUUUGACCAAAAUUGUCCAUGAAGUAACUACGAACUGGUCUAUAGUACGUCAGUGAUCAAAUUUGGAAAAGUUGGAGAAAUAUUCUCCGGAUCAAAUGUCGUGUCACCUUGUAGAAUAUGAGAGUAUUGUGGGGUAGAACCACGUGUUCAAGUCAUACUAAAGACUUUCAACAGCUAGGCAACCCUAAAUGAUUUCUCGCCUUGUGUUCGAAAAUCAUAUGAAUAUCUAUAUGUAUCAUUAAUUAAUAGUUUAUUUUUUAUUGUAAAUUAUAAUUAAAAUGUAUAUAGGCCCUGUUUAUUGAAAUAAUAAUUUUUUGAGAUUAUA